AAAACAGUCCGAACAUCGAAAACUGAGCGGAUACAGCCGAUGGCGGAAGAUUGAAAUCAUCGAUUUGAUAAAAUGACACCGUUUGUGUCCCUGUGUUCGCUUUGAGGCAAAUAGACCAGCGGAAGUGACGUCUCCUCCCGGCAUGCGUCAGACCGGAAGUCUAGCGCUUGUUGCGAGAGCGGGACAGAAGGAUCGUGUUCUCUCCUCGCUCCCAUUGGUCAUGAUGUCCUUGAUGUCCCGUGGAGUUGGGGGGCUGCUCAGGUCCUUGACCGGGAUUAACUGCAGCCAAACCAUAAGAUGCACCAAUGUUUCCAGUGGAAUCUUCGGGUUCCAGUGCUCCCCACUCAGAUGCUUCUCAAAAGGCGCCGCUCCCAGUGACUACCCGAAGCGGCCGCUGUCAGGAUAUCUACGUUAUUCUGUGGAGCAGCGACCCAAACUCCACAAACAGUAUCCCGAAGCCAAAAUGAUGGACCUGACAAAGAUAAUUGCUCUGGAGUGGAAAGGCCUCGCAUCCACCGAAAAAGAGCCAUAUGAAGCCGUAGCAAAGGCCGACCUGAAGAAGUACAGAGAGGAGGUGAAACAGUACAGAGAAGCGCUGAGUCCAGUGCAACUGGAGUUACACAGGGAGCAAAGGAGGCAGAGACUUGCAAAAAGGAAGAGCGUAAGGAAAAAAAGGGAGCUGACAGCGUUGGGACGACCCAAAAGACCCCGCUCUCCAUUCAAUAUAUUUAUGUCUGAGCACUUUCAGGAUGCUAAAGGCACCUCCAGUCAGACAAAGAUGAAGAGUCUGCGGGAUGAAUGGGAGAGGCUACACAAUACACAAAAGCAGACGUACAACCACCUUGCUCAGGAUGACAAGAUCCGAUACGAGAAUGAAAUGAAAUCCUGGGAAGAACAAAUGAUCGAAAUUGGCCGCGGGGAUCUUAUCCGACUGAAUCAGAGGAAAAGGUUCAAGAAGCCCAGGGCAACGAGAGCUUCUUCUAAAACAAACACGGCUAAGAAAGGACUGACUGGAUCCAGCCACAAGGAAGGCUUCAGCGGUGCCAGUAACCCCAAACAACAUGAAGAAUAAAUCCAGGAAUAUAUAUAUUUUUUUUUGUAUUAAACAGCCUAUUUACUGCUUUAUGGCCUCUUGAUUGAUAGACAUAACUAUCCUCUGUAUGUGCCCAUUAGUUAAAGGAUAAGUAAACCUUAAAAAAUCAGUGACAAUGUAACAUUGAUUUUUCUUCAUUCCAAGAUAUUAAAGGAUACAUGUACUGUUAAUAUAAAUGAAUUUUGUUACAACAGCGCCAUCUGCUGGUCAGUUUCCCACCAGUCUGACCACCAAGUAGUCAAGGAAGUUGUCAGGAGAAAGAAAGAGGCUGCUCUGAUGUUCUUCUGCUUAGGAAAGAUUUGAGAAAGAUUUCUAAUUUUUUUCCUAAGCAGAAGAACAUCAGAGCAGCCUCUUUCUUUCUCCUGACAACUUCCUUGACUACUUGGUGGUCAGACUGGUGGGAAAAUGACCAGCAGGUGGCGCUGCAAAAUUCAUUCAUAUUAACAGCACAUGUAUCCUUUAAUAUCUUGGGAUGAAAAAAAAUAAAUAAUGAAUGUACAUUGCAAAAGUGCUUUGAAUAUUACCCUCAUUAAUUUUACAUUCACUUAUUUUUAAGGUUUAUUUAUCCUUUAACGACAGCUCUGGUGCCACAUUUAAGCCAAUAAGUGCCGAUUUGGCUGUUGGGUCACAAAAAAAAAAAAAUAUUCCUGCUGUUAUUUACUAUUUUAUGUUAGUCUAAUACAACAUUUCAGUGGCAGUUGCUUUGAGAAGUUAACCCUUCAAUUCGCUUUUGCCGUAGUUUUUUGUGUUCUUUACAUCUGUGAGUAAUUGUGCAAAUCCCUCCAUUUCCAGCACUGCUAUUUAAAUUAUUAUUACAAAUGUUCUAUUUUUUUUUCUUUUUUGUAAUGUACCAAAAUGCCGUAAAAAAGUAAAAAAAAAAAAAAAUACAAAACCAUUUUUUUU